UUCAAUUUUUGGGCCUUUGGCUUUCUCAAUUCUUUACUGUCUGCACCUUUGCUUAGUUACUGUCAUUCAUUAAUAUCACCGAACAAAUUUUUAAGGCUUCUCUAGUUUCUUGUCUUCUUCCUUUAACCCAAUAGAUUCUUGCUUUUCAUUUAAAUUGACAAUAUCCUCUUCCUCCUAUUUGCCUCUAGAUUUUUCACUCCUCACUCCUUUUCUUUCCAAACCAUUCUUCAUCAGUUUCUAGUUGGAUUUUUUGGGGUCACUUUAAUUUUUGAAAAGUUCUAAUCUUUUAGCAUUUUGAAGGAUUUUGUGGGGGUUAUCUUUUUGAGAGUAUUGGCUAAGAAGGGGCAUUUUCAAAGGAAUAAUGUCAGCCAAGAAUAAACAAAUUUCUUGACUACCUUUUUGGUAUUCAUGGAGGUAGAAAAAGAUGGUGUCUUUGGUAAAAGAUUAGUUUUUUAGAAAUUUAUCUGACUAUAAAUAGAGGAAAAGAUAGUGUCUUUGGAAAAAAAAAAUCAGUUCUUUUUAGGAUGUUAAAGCUUUGAACCAUGAAAUUCUUGGUAAAAAGAUAGGGUCUUUGGGAAAAGGUCAGUUCUUUUAGAAAGUUAUCUGACUACAAUAGAGGAAAAGAUAUAGUUUUGAGGAUAUUAAAGCAUUGAAGGGCGAAAUUGUUGUAAAUGGGGGAGAAGAAGAAUAUGCCAGCAGUUUGGUUUUCAUUGAAGAGGUCUUUGCAUUGUAAAUCAGAGCCAUCAGAUGUUCAUGACCCAAAGACAAGGAAGCAAUUAAGCACAAUUUUGACUAGAAAAGGAGGAGGGUCAAGGUCAGGUUGUUCAAGGUCUAUAGCAAAUCUCAAAGAUGUAAUCCAUGGAAGCAAAAGACACUUAGAAAAACCUCCAAGUUGUAGUCCAAGAUCUAUUGGUAGCAGUGAGUUUCUUAAUCCAAUAACUCAUGAAGUUAUUCUGAGUAAUUCAAGGUGUGAGUUGAAAAUCACUAGUUUUAAUGGUUUUCAAGAAAGUGGGGGUGGGACUAAUGGCUCAACUUUUGUGGGUACUUUGAGACCUGGUACACCUGGUCCAGGAGGGAACCCUACAAUGCAUUAUUUCAAUUCAGGUUGUAGGAAUUCAGUGGCAACUCCUACAAGGAGAAGUGCAUCUUUUCUUGUUGAUAAAGAAAGUUCUGCUAAUUUUGGAGGAGGACAUAGUUUUCCUUGUAAAACUACUAGGCAUUCACUUGAUAAUGAUGUUAAUGGAACUUCAGGGGUCACAUGUCAUAAGUGUGGAGAGCAAUUUGGAAAAUGGGAAGCUCUUGAAGCACAUCAUCUUUCUAAGCAUGCUGUGAGUGAGCUUUUGGAGGGUGAUUCUUCAAGGAAGAUAGUAGAAAUAAUCUGUCGUUCAAGCUGGUUAAAAUCCGAGAGCCACGUCGGUCGGAUUGAAAGGGUCUUGAAAGUUCACAACACACAAAAAACUCUGGCUCGCUUUGAAGAAUAUAGGGAGAUGGUGAAGGUUAAAGCAAGUAAGCUCCCUAAGAAACAUCCUCGGUGUAUAGCUGAUGGAAAUGAACUUUUAAGGUUCUAUGGAACUACUUUGGAAUGUGGCCUUGGCAUGAAUGGAACCUGCAGUCUCUGUGUAUCCGAUAAAUGCUGCGUCUGUCGAAUUAUCAGAAACGGAUUCACCACGAAGAAGGAACUCAAAGGCGGGAUUGGUGUCUUCACCACUUCCACAAGUGCAAGAGCUUAUGAAUGUAUUGAGUUGAGUGAUGAUGAUCCAUCGUUAAGAAAAGCAUUGAUCGUCUGCAGAGUUGUUGCAGGUCGAGUGCAUAGGCCGUUGGAGAACAUUCAAGAAAUGGCUGGCCAAACCGGGUUUGAUUCUUUGGCUGGGAAGGUUGGUGUUUACUCUAACAUAGAGGAGCUUUACUUGCUUAAUCCUAGGGCUCUUCUUCCUUGUUUUGUGGUGAUUUGCAAAGCCUAAGGAAAAUAUAAGACAUGGUAGAAUGUCUAAAGCAGUAGUGAAAUUUUGUGUCGCGUAUAGGCUUUUCAACAUGUUCUUUUGCAGGAAACUUUGUUUCUUGGAGUCCAAAUUCUUGUUUCCUGCAAUUUCUGUAUCUGUUAUUACCAAAAUUUGGCAAAGCUAGAUUAUCCAAAAUUUCAGUGAUAGGUUUUUAUUCACUUUUUGGGAAGUGACUAACACUUUCUCUGUCUCUGGUGGUUGUUGGUUUAGUUCAUUACAUGCAUAGGGUAACAGAAUGCAGUUCUUUGUACAUAGUAUAAUAUGGACAACUAUAGAUUUGGGACCAUUUCUCAGCUUUUAGAAAUGAAUCCCUGAUGACAAAUGUGAGCAGUUUUGGACUAGGUUCUUGCGACUGCAAUUCAAAUGGUUGCAUAGAGAUUUAGAGGUUAUUAGAAGUGCUCAAUCACUGCAGUUUAUAGUAUUACUACGAUUUGUAUCUCUUUACAGUCCAGAAGUUUGUAAACUACGCGUCAAUGUGAAGCAAGUUAAGGUCUAUUAAAGGAAUUCUCACUGUUCACCUCGA